AAAGCUUACAAUAGGUAAAAAAGGACAUAAUUUUCGGGAAUUUUUUUAUCUGGCCGAACCCACGACAAAAAAAGCAAAUAAAAAGGCAGUUUGCCUUUCAUGUAUACGAAAGCAUACCUUACCACUUGCUCUUACAAAUCCUGAGUGCUUUGUUUCUAACAAGGCAAAAUUAUGUCAAAAUCAUCUUCGAAAGUGUCAAAAUUUUGAAGCAGAAUAUAGCAUAGAUGAGGUUUUGGAGAUUCGUGCACGAUCAGUAUCUGAAGACACUAAAAAAAAAACAGUAGUGACCAAUAUUGAUUCUGAAUCUGAAGAUAAAAUUUCCGCACCAACUUCCACAACCUCCAAAAUCUCAAAAUCACAUACCAGUAUUUCCACUCCAAAAAUAAAAUGA